AAUACCAUAGAUCGAACCUUUAUUCCUAUCUCCAAAAUAAUAUUACAAUACAUUAACUACUCUAACAGGUAUUUUCAAUAGGUGACAUUCAACACUUCAUCAAAAUCUAACAACGUAACCUUUUAAAGGCGGGAAUAAAAUGUUAAAUAAGUUUUUGAAGUUAGAACUACACAAAUGCUUACCCCUUUUCAAACUUUGGAUGCAUAUUUAAUGUAAUCGUGACAAUCGAACAUCGUUACAAUAUUGUCAGUGAACUCUUUUUCUUUUUAAAUAUUAAGAAUGUUACAAAAAAAUCGAACAAAAACAUAGACAUUUAAAAACAACUGAAUUCGAUUCACAUUAUUUAUUUGAUGUACGAAUCGAUUCAUUCAUUUUAGUCGAUGUUUUGAAGCAGGUCGCCUCACUAUGCCAGACUGUAAUAUGUCAAACGUGACCUAUUAAAUGGUGUGUGCUAUAACUACAACAUUAAAUGAACAUAAGAAAUAUACUUGUUCAAUAAUCAUCAUAUUUUGAUUAAUAUUAUUGCAUUGUCAUCAGAAUGUGUACCAAUUUUCACAUCAAUGUAUAUACGGAUGUUACCGAGAAAUAAAAAGAAUCGAGAAUACGAUUUAGAACUAAGCCAAGAAACUAUAGAUCUAAAAAAUGAAAUUGAUGUGAAAGUAUCCGGAACUGAUAAUAGAAACAUUUUUGAUGAUGGUCGAUCUCAAAAGUUAACACCUGAAGAAAUUAACGAUUUAAGAAGUGACUCUAGUAGAGCAUCUGAUAUAGUAGAAACUCUUAUUACAAAUUCUAAAACAUUUCAUAAUAAGACUGGAUUUUCUCAGGAAAAGUACUUAAGGAAAAAAGAAAAAAAGUACUUUGAAUACAUACAAAUUUUAAGGCCCAAUUUAAGGAUGAUUACUGAGAUAUUAUAUAAAUUGGAUCCAAGCAAGAUUCAGGGUAUAAGAAUGGACACAUUGUCGCAAAUCAUAACAUUAAGUAAUAUCAAUUCUGAAGGUAACCAUAUACUUUACGAUUCUGGUUCCAAUGGUUUGUUGGCAGCUGCACUACUUAGUGCAAUUGGAGAACAAAGUACUGGUAAACUAAUUCACAUGCAUCCUGGAAAUAUGUCCCAGAAAUUAGCAUUAAUGGGCAUGAACUUUAGCAUAGAACAAUUAGAUAGAUGUGUUUCUGUAAAUGUUUAUUCCGCAUUAAGACAGUUCUAUCAAGGAUGUGACACUAACUCUAAUGAUGUAUUGAAUAAGGAAAGUAUUGAAGGACAUAAUUUAAAAAGAAAAGCUUUAGAAAAUUUAAAUGGUCAUAAAAAUAAAGUAACUAAAAUUGAAGAUGAUACUGAUGUUAAGAGCAAUAAAUCUAAUGUAUCAGACAAUGAUAAUGAAGAAUAUGAACCAAAAAAGCCUAAAUGGCAUUUUUUGAAUAUAACAGCAUCAAAAUUAUUAUCAGAAAAAGCAGAUUCUUUAGUUAUAGCUUGUAAAGAAGACCCACAAAAUAUUUUCAAUGAAUUGUCAAGCUUUGUAAAACCAGGAAGACCAUUUGUUGUAUAUUAUAAUGUCGCUGAACCUUUACAGAACUUGUAUAUGACACUUAAAUCAAAGGGUAAUGUUGCAGCUCUGAAACUUACUUGCAAUUGGAUGAGGAACUAUCAGAUACUUCCAGAACGAACACAUCCAGAAGUGACUAUGGAUAAUGGAGGUGGCUUUUUGUUAAGUGGUUAUAUUUUUAAAUGAUUAUAUAUUUUAUAUAAAGUGACUAAUAAAAUUAUGUUUAU